AUGACUGGCCUUGUCUCGAACGGCUCUCCUCGCGGCAAGAAGGUGGCUCCACCGUCGCCAAAUGUCCUGGGGCAAGUGCAAGAGACUAAGGUCAGCGAUCGUCAGAUUAUUCCUUCGUCUGCCAGCGCUGCAUCCAAGGGUACAUCACCAGCUCCUACAAAGACCACCAAGCUCAGCAUGCCGCCGCAGCGUCGAACUCAAAAGGAAUCUCCCAGCGCAGUCCGCAAGACAUCCACCGGCAUGGAGGAUAUUCUUGCCAAGCUUCGAAUUAACGAUUCCCGCAACACUACCCCUACCAAUCUCGAUCUAUCGAAGGUCAAGGAUGACGGCAACUUUGACAAGCUGAUCUCAGGUUUGAGCCACCAGAACAAGACCCUCAAACAGCAAGGUCGUGAGUUGAAAGACAGCUCCAAUAAGAGCAGCGACGAUUCUUCAGCAUCUGGCCGCUACACAGAGUCCUACGACAUGGUCUCUAGCUCCACCUCUCGAGGUUCCGAUCAAGCUGCACAUGAUCCUGCGGAGAUGCUUCGUAUCAAGCAAGAACUCGAAGCUGCAAGAUCUGUCAUCAAUCGUCAAGAGCAGGAACUUGCCGAGACCCGCAACCUCAAGCACACCAUGGAUCAAGCUAUGGGUCCUGUUUCAGAGGUCGACUUUGGCCACAAUGACAUCUCAGAGCAGACCAUUGGCCACCUUCAGAGUGCCUUCAACGCCUCUGCUCGGCCCUUCACUGCCAAAGCCCCAGUCUGGCGUUCCCAGGACGAUGCUCGCUCUGACUCUGACUUUUCCGCUACAAGCUUCAACCCACGCAUUACCUGGAACCAGGGCACUAUGGGUCUAGGCGGCAUAUCCGAUUAUACCAAUGCCAGUGGUACCUUGGCCAACCAGAGAGCCCCGCAGUACGCUGCCAUGUUCGGAGGGCAACCAUCCCUUGAGGUUAACACUUAUGGUGACCAUCGUUCGUUCUCCGGAUCAUCCUCUUCGCUAGGUUAUGAUCCACGUCUCGGCGGCGACCUUGCCAUGUAUGGCGUGAAUCCUGUCGGCCGCCGCAAUUCGCAGCUGCGCAGUAACUCAAACAUGAGCGAUGCUCUCUCAAUGGGCAGCAUGGCUGGCCUCAGCGGUCUGAACUCACCACCCCUAAGCCCGUUGGGUAUUCCCGAGCAGUACGCUUAUGCCCAGCGUGGUCUAGGCAUGCAACAGACUCCCAUUACUCCCAGCUUUCCUAAUGGCCAAAUGUCUGGUCAGGGAUGGUCUCUGCCUCCUUCCGUCAACAGUCAGACAUACGUCACUCCUCUCGAGCCCAUGAACUACCGUCGUCUGUUGGACAAGUCUGUCUCGUGUGAUUGGAAAUACAUUGUCGAUAAAAUUGUGUGCAAUAAUGACCAGCAGGCCUCUAUCUUCCUACAGCAGAAGCUCAAGGUUGGCACGGCGGAGCAAAAGUUCGAGAUUGUCGAGUCCAUUGUCAAUCAGGCUUACCCCCUGAUGAUCAACCGUUUCGGCAACUUUCUCGUUCAGCGCUGCUUCGAGCACGGCACACCUGAGCAAGUCGUUGCCAUUGCUAAUGCCAUUCAUGGCAACGUCAUUGCCCUGAGCAUGGAUCCAUUUGGUUGUCACGUCAUCCAGAAGGCUUUCGACUCUGUUCCGGAGGACCACAAGGCCGACAUGGUUCGCGAGCUUCUCCGACGCAUUCCGGAUACCGUGAUCCACCGCUAUGCCUGUCACGUUUGGCAGAAGCUGUUCGAGCUACGCUGGUCCGGCGAGCCACCCCAGAUCAUGGUCAAGGUCAACGAGGCUCUUCGUGGGAUGUGGCACGAGGUGGCUCUCGGCGAGACCGGCAGUCUUGUUGUUCAGAACAUCUUCGAGAACUGUGUCGAAGAGGAAAAGCGCCCUGCGAUCGAGGAAGUCGUGUCCAACAUCGACCUCAUUGCUCACGGCCAAUUCGGCAAUUGGUGCAUUCAGCAUCUAUGCGAGCACGGUUCUCCCCCUGACAAACGUCGUGUCAUCGACCAUAUUCUCACCAACUCGUAUAACUACAGUAUUGAUCAGUUUGCGUCCAAAGUUGUUGAGAAGUGUCUCAAGAUUGGCGGUCUUGAGUUCCUGGAUCGUUAUCUUGGUGUCAUUACCACCUCUCGCCCUGACCGUCCUCGCAUCCCGCUCAUCGACAUUGCUGGCGACCAAUAUGGCAACUAUCUCAUCCAGUGGAUUCUGAUGAAUGCUCAUCACCACCAACGCGAGCAAGUCGCUGUGCACAUCCGCAAACAUAUGGUCUCCCUACGCGGCUCGAAAUUCGGCUCUCGGGUGGCAAUGCUUUGUUGCAACCCAAAUUCGGUUACUCGUCCCGGUCCUCCUGCCGUUGCCAAUCCGUUCGGAGUUCCAGGCCAGCCUCGCAACAACUGGGGUCCUCGCAGCUUUCGCUAG